AUGGAGUUGGGGGGCGUGUCCUAUCUGACAGAGGAGUGUCUUCUACAGGCCACGUCCACCUGCCUGGGGUGCUUCAUCGAGACCCGGGACCCCGUUCCUAUCCAUGACCCCGCCCCUAUCCAUGACCCCAGCCCCACGACCCCUGACCCCGAGGCGGGGCUGGUAAGCCGCCAGGACUUCGAGGCCACUUCCUGCCCCAUCUCUGACAUCAGCAGCAUCAGUAUCCAGUGUCUGAGCCAGGUCCUCGGGGAACAGCUCCUGUCAGACCAGCUCCUCAGCUUCCCCAUGACCAAAACCUGCCACGCCACCGCCCUCGCUAGCGCCCUCGUUACCGCUAACGACAAGACAGGAGACAACGGAGAGAAGAUGGAGGCAGAGGAUCCCACUACCAAGAACCUGUAUGAGGGCCUCCUAUUGGACAAAGUCAGCGGUGAGGAGGUCCUUCUGGCCAAUGCGGGUCAGGACUGGGGUUACUUCGAGUCGUUUAUCAGUGAGUCCAAGAUAGAGCUGCUGGACCUGUGUUCUAAGACCGACCUGUCAGUCAACCUAUUCGCCGAGGACGACGUUGACAACCUGUUUGACGACGAUGACGAGGACUCGACUCUGAGCAGCGACGUGUGCUCUCUAAAGAUCCGCUACGAGUCCUUCCAGGACAACAUGAGAGAGAAGACCAACGUCCUGCAGGAGGACACACAGUUCAACUUCUUCCCCUCUGUCCUGGUCAACUGUGCCAAGAGGGAGGACGGAGGAGGAGGAGGAGGAGGUAACUCAGCCGAGGAGGACGGGGACUACAGCGACGACUCCUCCUGCACCUCCUCGGACACCCUGCAGGAGGCGCAGCCGGGCCAGAGGAGGGGAGGAGGAGGAGGAAGUGCGCCCCGGGGGCGGAGACUCCUCAGCCCCUCUAACUCUCUGAACUACGGCCUGCGCUCCAAAAGGAAGGUCAGCUACAGUGACGAUGUCAACGAGAAGACCGAGAGAAACGCCACGGAGAAGAGAGAGAAGGUUCCGGCGGGACAGAGGGAGGAGGAUGUGGACUGGUGCCCCAAGAAGAGAUGGAAAUUCUCCCAGAAGGAGCCGCCAGUCAUCAUCAAGUACAUCAUCAUCAACCGCUUCAAAGGACAGAGACACAUGUCUGUGAAUCUGGGCCGGCUGGACCCUGCCGGGGACGCUGCCGUGAGCCUGGACGCCGCCUCGGAGAGCCACUACUCCUCUCUGUCUCCGCUGAAGGACUUCUGGCAGGAGAGGAGGAGGGAGCGGGAGGAGCAGCUGCGACUAGCGUCCAGAGAUAAACAGCAUCUGAACAGGCGCCGUCAAUGCCACCGCCCCAAACGGAAAUACAAGAUAGCAAACAGGCUGUGUGUCCAGAGGACAGGGGAGGGACCAGCAGCAGCGCAGGACUCGGGUUCUACCCCCUCUGUCUCUGGUCAGGCUGUUACUACAGCGGAGGGGGGAGGGGGAACAGCAACAUUAGAACCACAGAACAUCACACACACCGUAACAGCCAAGAGGAGCCGCACCCAGGAGAGAGAGGAGAGGGAUGGGAGGAGGAUGGGAGGAGGGAAAACAGGGAGGAAAUUCAAGAGCCAAGCCAGGCUGAGGAGUAACAAGACAAUGGAGGAGGGAGGAGCAAGAGGAGGAGCGGAGGGGGGGAGCGUGACGAAUGGAGCGGCGGAUGGCAGUACUGCUGCUGCUGCUGGGGUGUUAACCAACCAGGAGCCUGCUGGCAGCGUGAGAGAGGCAGACAUCAGCCCCCCUCUCUCCUCCCUGGAUCCCACCGCUGACAUCAGCCCCCCUGUCUCCUCCCUGGAUCCCACCGCUGACAUCAGCCCCCCUGUCUCCUCCCUGGAUCCCACUGCUGACACCACCUUCACCUCCUCCUCCUGCGCCUCCUCCUCCUGCGACUCUGUCUGCAUCUCCUCCUCCUGUGUCUCCUCCUCCUGCUCCUCUGACCGAGCUGUACCUUCUGGGGAGAGAGAGGAGGGGGUGUCAGUGAUCCCAGGGGGGUACCUACAUACCCUACUAAAUGCCUCAGUCUCCUCCGGGGGGGCAGGUAUCACCUACUACCCCCAGCAGCCCCCCAGGCAGCACUAUCCCCUGGGUCUCUCUCUAGAGGAGAAACAGCCCCCCAGGCAGCACUAUCCCCUGGGUCUCUCUCUAGAGGAGAAACAGCCCCCCAGGCAGCACUAUCCCCUGGGUCUCUCUCUAGAGGAGAAACAGUUUGCCUCCCUGCAGCUAACCCAGAGCUGUGUCCUCUCCCCUCCCUCCGAGUCAGAGCUCCAACAAUCCCCCCAAAACUGCCCCAGCUUCCCCCACUCCAUCUGGCACCACCAUCCCCAUCUCUGCCCCAGCUUCCCCCACUCCAUCUGGCACCACCAUCCCCAUCUCUGCCCCAGCUACCCCGACAGCCAGGGGGGCUUCGGCCCCGACACCCCUCUCCUCCCCAGCGGAUUCCUGCCUGGGUCUGGGUCUGGGUCUGGGUCAGACUACAGCCAGCAGGGAUCAGAGACUGACAGACUGCUGUACGAGAAGAGUUACCUUGUGGAGGGGGACAGGCUGGGGCUGCAGCCAGGGUCGGGGGUGGAGCUACAGGAGCUGCAGGUGUGUCAGUCAGGUGUCUGUCUGAGGCAGGUGCAGUAUCAGAGAGGCUGUCUAAUCAGCUAUGACUCUGUGGGCUCCCUGUCAGCCUGCUCCUCCAACUAUAGCUCUCAGAGCCUCCAUCGUGAGGGAGGAGGGGAGACGGAGGAGAGGAGAGACAGCUACCUGCAGCACUGCAGCCCCAUGGUGUUGCUCCAACAGAGCCUGGAGGACAUGGGUCAGCCCGUCACUCCCCUCAGAGAGUCCUCAGACCUCCUCGACAUCUCCAACUUCACCCCGGACAAGUUCAGACACUUCUCUCUGUCCUCCCUGUCGCCCCCGGAGACCCCCAACCUCUCCCCCCAGGUGACGAGGGGCGAGGCACCGGAGUACCAGGAUCAUGUGACAGGAUGUGACAUCAUGCAGCAGGCGGCGCAGCACGGGGUGGAGGGGCGGCAGUUCUCAUUCAACGGAGAGGAGCAGGGGGGGAAGAACAGCCGCUCUAAGAGGAAAGCAGGUUAUAAACAGGCUGCAGCGGCGGCAGGAGGACAGCAGGGGCCUAAGAAAGGCCGGGCCUCCAGAGCAGCCAAGACAGAGAAGGUGAAGACGCCUAGACAGAGCCGCUCCUCUAAGAAGAUCAAAGCCAUGCUGGAGGAGAAGGCUGCCAAGGGCCAGGCGCAGGCGGGGGUGAGCCACGGUAGCACUGGGGACAGGUCUGGAAGCGGCAUCGGGCCUAGGGGCUGGUUGGAGGGGAACACCAGCCUGGGGGGAGGGGAGGAGCAGCGGGAGUUUGAGGAGCCGUCCAACAUCCUGUCCAACAUCGUGUCCGGCAUGGCGGAGGUCCAGAGGUUCAUGAUGGCGUCCGUGGAGCCUCUGUGGGACCCGCUGGAGGCUGGCUUGCUGCCCGACGCCAACAGCCUCAACAUGAAGACCCUCCAGAUCCUCCAUGGGAGGGGGGGCAAGAAGGGGGCUGGCGCCGCGGGUGUCGGACGGGGCAGGAAGGCCAGGGGCAAGGCAGGAAAGAACCAGGCCAAGUUGAACCCCUGCCACCCCAUCUUCCCCCAGCUCGCUCUGGGCUGCAACAUGUUCGACAAACCCAACUUUAUUAACCCAGGCCCCGCGCACAAAAAGCUGUACCGUCACAAAACCAGUGCCAAGUUCCCAAAAAUUGAGACUGUGAAGGGCAAGCGAGGGGGAGUGGAGAGGGACCCAAACAAGGACUUGGCUCUCAUGGCCUCUUUUGAGAAACGGAGGUAA